GAAGAAAAGAUGCCAACAGUUGCUACGCCCGUCGAUCCUCGGUCACGCAAGACGAAGUUGCAACAGUUUUUGGACGAAGAUAUUAAACAAGAGUCUACUUCUCCAACAGCAGGUUCUGAGCAUGCAUCUACAACUUCUGGACAGCUACUCCAAGUAAUAUCAAGUACAAUUUCUCCAAAUAAGCUGUCCUCAGCGGAAAUGCAGUUUUAUCAUCGGGAUAUGCUGCGAGACUCCACAGAGAUUUUCGCAGACAGCAAAGCGGCAGAGCGGACACGCGAAGAAACACUGGCCAAGCGCCUGUUGCAGGACCAAUUUUCCAAACGCUGGGGAGCUUUGGUAGACCAACAGCACGAAAAUUUCACUACUGAGGGCAAGUUUCUGUGCAAGUGUCUGGAACGGUAUCGUAGUGCAAAAAGUUUGAGGAAAAUGCGGGAAGAACUUUGUCCAGACGAAUACCAAUUACGUCUUCUUUACGAGUUUCGGCACUUUCAGAACUCAGCCGCACUGCCUACUGAGGUCAUGUUUGCGCAUGUCUUGCGCGCUAGAUACAAGAACGCUUUCGAACUUUCUUUGCCUGAGAAACUUUUUCAACGUGGUGCUGUGCCUCGGAAAGACCUAGUAAACCGCGCGGGCAAUGUGGCUCAUCGAGUCCACAAGGAGUUAGUACUGGCAAGUCUGAUGCGAAACAGAAACUACACGAGAGGUCGACGAAAAUUGGGUGGAGCGAAGAACGCGCUGUUAGGCGUUGACGACGAAGAUCGACCGGACUCCAAAGCCGCCAAGUCUCGCCCUCUAGCAUCUCCAGUGAUACCAGCGCUAGCUGACGGAACGACGUUACCAACACUGCUGAGUUCUCCAGGUGGUGCUGGAGGUGGUCAGACUUCUUCUUCAUCCGACGAUCGUGAUCGUGGUCCGCCAGAAAGAACAGGCGUUCGUACUCAUUGGCGCGAUUUUGAGCUCACAGACACUGCCAUCUGGCGACGUAGCAGGAGGCAAAAAUGGACUAUGAUCGAAAAUCUGAGAGCACAGUUUCAAGAACGAAAAAGGUUGAAAGAGGAGGAAGAGGAACGGCGGGUGAGAGCGGAACAGAAGCGACAACGGAAGAUCAGACAGUCAGCGACGUAUAGAUUGGAAGAAGGGUUGGCAGACAUUGAAAGAGACCAAGUAGAGAAAACUACAACUACGAGUUAUUCGGCGGAAACGAAGAGGAAAGGUACAACUAGGGAAUGAUUUCGUACUUCUGGAGGUAGAAUGCUUUACUUCGUACUUGCAACUUGUUGAUUUUCAUCGACGAACUGGUGGCUGUUUUCAAACAUCAAAAUGCACCAGGAUAACAUCUCCUGCUCGACCGAAUAUGUUGAAUUAACUUACAUAUUCUCGUCUUUUACUUUCUGAUCGAACACCAGGUUUCCAACGGCAGGCCAAGACGAGUACCCAGAACAAUUUAGAUUUGCCCGGAUCUACUAUGCAAGAAUUCUCACCUUCGAAUCAAGAGUCGCCUCUCAGUGGAAGCAAAGUCGGCACACCGAAGUCCACCGGUUCUUCCCCAACUAAUUGGCAGUCACAGAGAACAACAAUAAAAACUGCGCAAAAGUGUGGGGUGCUGAAGUCUUCAACAUCAUCAAGCACGAGUAAGAACGACGAUAAUGCUAGUAUUGCUUCCAGUAGCCACGAUCAGGGGUCCGGGUUGCGGCAAUCAGGCGCUUACAAGCCAGUGGUUUCGAACAAGUCUGGCCUAGUAGGUCUUUCAUCUCCAUCGUACCCGUACGCAGAUUUGAUCAGAACUACCAAGAAAGUAAUGUCUCCACAGCCUCGCCGCUUUGGCCGUAAUAGUGCUACAAUCCUGGAAAACAUAAGCAAGGAAGAACAAGACUUUCAAAUUCCAGCUGAACACCUUGUGGAAACUAUGAGAAGGGACAAUGUGGCAGAUUUGGUCUGUGGCGACCCUGGUGCCUCCAGGUUGAGCAGUGUUGAGGAGCAACCUGCGAAGAAGACUUCUACACACGACAAGACUGGUGCGGCUUCCCAUGCAAGAACAUCUUCAUCAACAAGUCGUGUGAAUGUCGGCAGACUCUUGAUGGAGAACCGCGAUGCUGUGCUUAAUCACGCAGGACGCCAUGUCGAUCGGUCUUUUGGAGCAGUGUUUUCUAAUCGCGGUGUGUCUAACAUAGACAAAAUUGUAGCUCCACUUCCUGCUGUGCCAGUCCGGACAGGUCUGCAGCUUUGGCGAGCCCAGAGUGAUGGCAAAGCAAGGUACCUGGCGCAAGUGAGGAGUAGAACGAGUAAGAUGGUAAGCGGAGCAGCAGCAACUGGAGGUUCCGUUACUACUAAAACUAAUACUAGUCCUAGUACUUCUGUUGGAAAAGGUAAAGAAUCUAGAACUAUGGCAUCAUCACCACCAUCAAGUCGAAGUGCGACCUCUGCGUCUGGUGCUGUAGUUGCAAAAAAGAACAGAUCUUCCAGUAGUGCAGCAUCUUCUAGAAGUGCGGCGCGAGGACAGGGAUCCACUCCAGGAAGCAUCUCGACGUUAAGGCUACCAAGCGAGCAUCCUCAACAUCAUCCCUGCCUCAUUUUCAAGAGGGAAAUGGAUCCAGGGAUGGUCUCAGGGAUGCACGUUGGUAGUUCUAACGACGCCUAAGGGAGGAGCGAAGUCACCAAAAGGUGCUAAGAGUAAGAGUCCCAAAAGUUCUUAGAGCUGACUCAAGAGGAUCUGCAUGAGAAAAUCUUAUCGUAUUCCUUAACAAGAAAUUCAACUUGAAAUUCACAUGAGUACUCCGAAAAAUGUUUAUUGUUUUGGUACUACUAGUGCUAUUCCGAUGAUAAUCCGCAAAGUUAUAGAUACCGUGAUUUCAUCUCAGUCGGAGAUCCUCAGAGACCAUUUUACGAAGUUGCAUUUUUUUAAGGAGGAAGAACAGUUUUGUAAAGACAAGUAUGCAAGAGUGAAAUAAUGUAGAGCUAGACAAGGUCAAGGUCUAUGUCUUGAUCAAAAUGGGAGCUAAAUAAUACAGUAGGUGCAAAUAAUACAGUAGGUCUAGGUGCACCAAAUAAUACAGUAGGUGGAAAAAUCUAAGAAAGCAAAUAUACAACAUGAUAUUAUGAUGCAAGAAAUUCAUCAUGUACUAUGGGAUAGAAAACGAAAGUUUCGUCGUCACUCAGUUUGAAAUCUGUUCGUAUUAGAACUGCAUUCAUCUGCAAUAAAGGGGAAAGAACAGUGAUAUCCUCAAAAUCCUUUGACAAUGAAAAUGAUUCCUUGACUCAUCUUAGAAGCGUAGUAAUAAUGUCUAGAAGUGACAGACGAAAAACUGAAAAGUGAUUUGCAUGCCUCCUGUGAAGAACCUAAGACUCGC